AUGGCCGUCCUCGGCGAGGAGUUUUGUCUUCUUCGCGAGCACGCGCGGUGGCGCGCCGCGGGCGGCGGGACCGGCGACGACCAUGGAAUCGCGAGCCACCUCCCCGCGCCGCCGCCGCUGCCGCCCGCGCUCGAGGCGGUCGUCCGAGGAGGCGACGCGAACGGCGCGAACGGCGCGUCGUCUGAGGGCGCGGAGGCGCUCCUCGAACGCAUGGAGGAGUGCCACGUGUUGCUGCUUCACGGCCUGCACGCGUUGCGGCGACACGUGUCACAUCGUCAUUCGUGGGUGUCUUCUUCUGGGAGAAACGUUGGCGGAGAAACAAUCGGAGGAGUCUCGAUGAUAACUCCCGGCGCGCGCGCGUUGCUGUCCCCCACGCUCGGCGCGUUUCUGCAUCCGCGGUUUCCCUUUCGCGCGCGGCUCCGCCGCCGCGCGCUUCGCCUCGUCGCCGCCGCGGCGACGUCGACGUCGCUCGCGUCUUCCGCGGCGACGGCGGCCGGCGACGCGGACGCCAAGGCGGCGGCGAAGGCGGCGGCGAGCGCGCUGUGCGAGCACGUGUGGCCGUCGUUAUCGGCGCUCCUGGAAGUGGACCACCCGGCCAGAAGAGCCGCCGGCGUAACCGCCGCGGAAUCCGAACGCGGCGCAAUAUCGACGUCGACGUCGACCGGGUGCGCGCGGUACGUCAUCGAGACGUCGUCGCGGUGCAUCUCCGCGUUCUUGCGCAGCGGCGCGUGGGGUUGGGGCAGGGCGGAGCGGGAGAUAUGCGCGCCGCACGCGCCGACGGCGUUUUGGAAAGCCGCGGGUCCCCCGUACCGCGCGCUCGCGUUGCGGAUGUACUCGAGGCUGAAGGCGCGUUCUAUCUCACACUGGUCCCCAUACGACCCCGUCGGCGUGGACGCGUCGCCGGUGCUCCAAGCCGGCGUCGGCGCGCCGCUGCUGAAACUCUGGGUCCUCGCCGCGCUCGACCCCGCGGCGACGGCGAAGGGCGACUUGGGCGAGGGCGACUUGGGCGUCUCCGGGAUCGGCCGCGCGCGCGCGCGUCUGACGCGCGCGGCGCGGCGACAUCCGACGCUGUCGGCGAUUUUGCCGCCGCCGAUUUUGACGACGCGUUCUGAAGGCGUCGGCGUCGAUCCGAACGACUCCGCGAGGUCGGUCGCCGACCCCGGGGACGCGUCGUGCGCGCCGCCGCUCGCGGUCCGCGCGGGCUGGGUCCGCGACGCGCUGAGGGCGUCUUCCGCGUGCGGCGACCCGCGCGCGGCGACCGCGGCGGUCACCGCGGUGAACAACGCGGUGUUCGAAGUGGACGCGGCGAGGCGCUAUUCGGCGGCGGCGGCGAGCGCGCACGCGGGGAGCCACCGCGCGGAAGCCGCGGCGCGCGCGGCGGCGCGCGCGGAGGACCACGUCGGCGCCACGUCGGCGUGGCUCGGCGAAUGCGCGGCCGCGCUCGCCGCGAUCUUCUCCGCGAACGACCAAUCGAAGAACCCCGCGGCGCUUCGCGCGGCGGCGGCGCUGUGCCACGUCGCGUGGGAGCGGCCCCCGGCGUCGUCGCGAUCGUCGUCGACCGCGUGCCACGAGCGCGUCGCCUUCGACCUCGCGGUCGACGCCGUGUGGGCGGGCGUCCACGCCUCGGUCGCGUCGUGCCAGAACGGUCGCGACCUCGCGCGUCACGUCGUCGCCAACCACGUCCGCCGCGCCGUCGCGCGUUCCGUCGGACACGCCGGCGGACACGUCGGCAGACGACCCGGGGAGAGGUUUCCGUGCCCGCGCGUCGGCACGAUCGCCGCCGCGGUCGGCGGCCUCCGCGCGAUGACGCGCGUCGUGGCGCGCGCGGAGAGCGCCGGGCUCGUCCCGGAGACGAUCGCGGACGUGCUGCCCUUUCUCGCCGGCGCGCUGGUCGACGCGACGACGCCGCCGCCGCCGCCGCCGAACCCGGCGGAGGCGGCGCCGCCGGCGUCGCGGUCGGAGGUAUCGCCGCCGUCGGUGCGAUGCGCCGCGUACGCGUUCCUCGGCGCCGUCCUCCACGCGCACCCGGGUCUCAUCGCGAGCGGUGCGCCUCUCCCUCUCGCGGGCGGGGAGCAUCUGCGCGGGCGCGGGCGCGUGCCGGCCGCGGUGACCGCCGCCGCGGCGAGGGAGGUGUGCCGCGCCGCGGCGCGCGCCGCCGUCGCGGAGGUGGCCGCGGCGUCGGGGCGCGCGGGCGCCGCCGCGGCGGUGGACGCGAUGAACGGCGGCGGAGGCGAGAAGAAGGAUGCUACGGAUAACGACGCUGACGUGGCGCCACGUGGCGCGUAUCUGUACGCGACGCCGUCGGCGACGGCGGCGAAGCAGCGGCUCAAGACGCUCCUCGGGCCGUCGCCGCCGUCGGGGCCGUUCGACGACGUCAUGCGCGCGUUCGCGCCGCCGGGACACGAACCGUCGCACACCACCGGGAAUACGAACCGUCACAACGGUGUAGCACACACGCCGACGUACUCCGGAGGAUCGCAUUCGCGUCCACGUCAGCAUCAUCAGUCGACGAUCGCGACCGUCGCGGACGCGCCCGUCGGGAAGGACGUCGACGCCGCCGUCGCCGCCGCGCGGUGGCUGCGCGCGUACGCGUCGUCGGACGAAACGGCCAGACGAUGGGCGUUACGCGACGCGAUACCCGCGCUGCGCGGCGCGCUGAGCGAGGCGGGCGACCGGCGGCUCCGCGAGGCGGCUCGCGAGGAGGUGACGGCGCUGUGGGGGGCGCUGGGGGCGGAGGCGGGGGAGCCGCCGCCGCCGCCGCCGCCGCCGCCGCCGCAAUACGCGUCAUCGUCCGGGUUCGACUCGCCUCCGCGCGGCGCGGCGUCGAGCGCGCUCUCGCGCGCGGCCGCGGUCCGCGACGACGCGGUCGCCGCGCGCGCGCCGUGGCCGGCCGACGUCCCGGACGUCGUCUCGUUCGCGUCGCUGAAAGCCGCCGCCGCAGCCGCCGCCGCCGCGGGAGGCUCUUCGACCGCGACCGCCGCGGCGAAUAAAAAAGUCUCCGUAGUCGGCGCGGUGCACGCGCGCGACCCGCCCGCGGGGACCAAGGUCGUGACGAACCCGAAGACGCAGCGCGCGUACGACAUGCUGUUCAUCACUCUGGGCGAUCACACCGGGGCUCGGAUCCGCGCGCAGUUGAUCGGUCGCCCCGCGAAGCGCGCCGCGGCGGCGUUGGACGCCGAGCGCGGCGGCGGACGCGGAGGAGGCGGUCAACGCGUCGUGAUCGGCCUGUGCGGCGUCGUCGCGCGGUCGGCUAACCCGGGGAGGGAGGGCGGGCUCGUGACGGUGUGGGAUCCGAAAGAGGCGAGCGCGCUCGUGAUGCGCCCGGACCAUCCCGUCGCGUUGAAGCUGUGA